AUGUCUGCCCCAACAGCUGCCGUUCCAGCUACCUGCUGCGGUCGUGAAGGCGGCUGCGUCUGCGCCAAAGAGGCCAUGUGUUCGUGCGGCAAGCAGUCUGCACUGCACUGCAACUGCGAGAAGGCUGCGACUGAGAAUAAAGUCGAAGGAGCUCGAUGCUCAUGCAACCAACGUCCGGCAGGCGCAUGCACAUGCUCUCGUUCGUCGACUGAGAAUGCCAAAGUGAUGGGUUCUGCUUGUGCUUGUGGCAAGCGAGCAAAAGAUUCUUGCACUUGCGGUGGUACGGAGUCUGGAACUUCUGAGAUGGAGACGGACUUCACUACUCGCCGUGCAUGA